GGGGAGUCCAGAUCCCAGUGCCAGAGAUGGUGGGGACAAUGAUGGGGACAUGGCCGAGCGCUUGGCAGCGCCGCCGGCACGAGCGCCAAGAGCGAGCGGAGCAAGAUGCACCAUGCGGUGCCCGGCCGAGGCGAUGCCAGCGUUCCCCGCAGCAUCCCAUUCCCGGAGCCGUGCUGGCCGCGAUUUUUGCCAUCCUUGCCAAGAAAUGAGUUUUUCCUCCGGCGAGGUGUUUACUCAGUGGCUUCCUCCCCGGCCUCACCCCGCUCGGCACACACGCGCCGGACCUGGCGGCUCUCGGUGCUGUUUGCACCCAUGGCAACGUGCGAGGGACGGCUGUUGCAAAAGGCGGCGUGCGUCCUUCCUCCUCCUCCUCCUCUGCCACCCCAGUGCUGAGAUGGACACCUUCAGCACCAAGAACCUGGCCCUGCAGGCCCAGAAGAAGCUCUUGAGCAAGAUGGCUACCAAGACCAUAGCCAACGUCUUCAUUGAUGACACCAGCAGCGAGAUCUUGGAUGAGCUCUACCGGGCCACCAAGGAGUACACCCACAAUCGCAAAGAGGCCCAGAAGAUCAUCAAAAAUCUCAUCAAGAUAGUCAUGAAGUUGGGCGUGCUCUACCGCAACGGGCAGUUCAACCCUGAGGAGCUGGUGGUGAUGGAGCGUUUUCGCAAGAAGGUGCAUACCUUGGCCAUGACAGCUGUCAGCUUCCACCAGAUAGACUUCACCUUUGACCGCAGGGUCAUGUCGGGUGUGCUGACGGAGUGCCGGGACCUGCUGCACGAGGCCGUCAACGGCCACCUGACGGCCAAAUCCCACUCCCGCAUCAACCACGUCUUCAAUCACUUUGCGGACUAUGAGUUCCUCUCGGCUCUCUAUGGGCCGUCCGAGCCCUACCGCACCCACCUGAAGAGGAUCUGCGAAGGGGUUAACAAGAUGCUAGAAGAGGACAACAUAUGAAGUUGGCCAAGAUGGGCCAUUGGCAGUGAUUGCCAGACUCUGCAUCCUGUGAGACUGAAGACAGGACGUACGUCUGUUUUGACCAUCACCAGGCUUGACGUCCUCUUCUCUGUAGUGCUAACUCAUUUUUUCCUCAUUUCUACAAAAGACUGAACCUCUUGACUUUGUCUAACCCUUGCCCAGGGUCUGCAAACCCCUCCCUGUGCUCAGCUGAGUCCUUUCCAGGUGAUCCUGGGCUUCUGGGCUCCUGCUGUAUAGUUUGAUUUCCUUUGCCCACCAAGUGCUCUUAGCUCAGAGUCCAAGGAACUGGACUCCUCACCUUGAACUCUAUCAUAACCCUCCUCGGGGAAAACCAAACCAAAGACUCGCGGUGCCUAACACCUCUAAGGUGUCUCUGAGCGAGCGGGCAGUUGCUUGGAUGAAUGGUUGUGAGACCUUAUUACCGGAGGGUUGUGGAGCCCCAUGGUUGUCUUUCAGCAGCUCCACGACGUGGUGGGAGCAAAUCAUGGUCCAGACUUGUGCUGCCCAGCGUGAGAAGGUGCUUCUGCACCUUGCAGGCUAGCAUGGGUUUUGGCCUCCUAUAAGACAAGUCCUUGAGACCAGAAGGAUCCCACCUCACCUGGGCGAGUGGCUGUCCCUCAGGGCAGGGAGGGAGCUGGAGGAACCUGCUCCGUCCCUGCGUCCCAGGUACACCCCUUCAUCCAAGACCCAGCUCC